UUUCAGGUGAUAGAUGACAGUGAGGCGAUGAUUACCAGGCGAUGAUUGUUCGGCGAUGUUUGGUGACCCCUCGGCAGAUACCCUACUCUUGUCUCUAUAACUCCAACACAUCCAAACCUAAACUUUACACCAAUCACCAUGAUAUAACGUAUCAAGAAGGUGCUACAAGCGCUAAAGAAGGUGCUACAAGUGCUAAAGAUGGUGCUAAAGGAGCUGAAGAAGCGAUAAAUCUCAGUCAAAUCUUAAGAAAAAUUCAGAGAGACGUGAAGGUGAACCCAGAGGACACCAAGAAAAAUGCGCUCACCUCAAGUUACUGGUUCGAAAGGAAUGUCAAAGCAUCAGAGCUACACACCAUAUAUUUACAGUUAUCUAAAUCAAGACUGACAUCAUUGGUAGUGAUGACCGCUAUGGCUGGGUUCGCGUUCAACCCAGUUUCUGGAACUUUAGCCUCAUUCGCUGCACUCUCUGCGGGAACAUUCCUGUGUUCUGCGGCUGCUAAUGCGUGUAAUCAGGUGAUGGAAGCGCCGUUUGAUGCGCAGAUGGACCGGUGUAAGCAGAGGGUGAUGGUGCGGCACUUGGUGUCCCCGCUGCACUGUCUAACAUUUAGCGCUACCAGCGCUGUGUUGGGUACCAGUAUGUUGUAUUACUGUGUCAACCCACUGACUGCAGCACUUGGUUUAGCUAACAUUGUUCUGUAUGCUGGUGUGUACACCACUAUGAAGAGAUACACUAUAGCUAAUACCUGGGUGGGCUCUAUUGUCGGUGCUAUACCCCCUGCAAUGGGAUGGGCAGCUGCAAGUGGGACGCUAGACUCCGGCGCGUUGGCCCUCUGCGCACUAAUAUACUUCUGGCAGUUUCCUCAUUUCAACAGUUUGAGUUUCAACGUCCGUCAAGACUACUGUCGUGCGGGAUACAACAUGAUGAGCGUUACAGACGUAGCGCUGAACGCACGUGUCUCACUGCGCAACACCGCCGCGCUCAUCCCUCUCUGUAUGGCUAUCCCCUUCACCGGCAUCUCACACUGCUCCUUCUCAUUCUACAGUGUGGUUGUGAACACGUACUUUACGUAUCUAGCCUGGAACUUCUACAAGUCUCCCAACAAACAAACUGCAAGGGAACUGUUCAGAUUCAGUUUGGUGUAUUUACCCAUUUUGUUUGGUUUCCUGGCGAUUGGGUAUGCGUUUAAGGAGAGGACAGCAACAUCGGAGGAGAAACAUCAUAGUGAUAAGCAUUAUAUGAAGGAUCUGUGCCCCAGUAGUGUUUUACCAGCUUCUGCAGAUCAGUUGUGCCCUGUUUCUCAUAAAGCUAGCUCUGGUAAUGUUAGCAGUGCACCUUCUUGAUGGAGUAGAAUAGUAGGGCAAUUUGGGGAUCACGUGACCUACCUAUUUCUCCCGUGUCACCUAAUUGUGUUUAAUUUAUUUGCAGUGGGUAGGAUCAGGUGUAUUAUUUUUAUAGUUUUUGAUACUUAAAGUUAUUGUUACUUUCAUACACUUUGUAUCACUUCUGGCAUUAAUUUCAAGAGUGGCAUGAUAAUAAUAAAUGGUGUUUAAAACACUACUGUUAAGUGACAUUCCAGGAUUGUCGGUAUUAUAUUUGGGGUAUGAAUUGAUGGCUUUGAUAUUUAAACGUAUUCUGAAACAUGUAUAAAAAAUAUACAGAAAAUGAGCAGUGUGAGUCUCCAAACUUUUGAAAUACCCAACAAAUUAAACAAUUUUUCUUGUACUCCCAGACAAUACUCCGAUAACUUCCAGCCGAGAUAUCAGAUAUGUGCAGGAAUGUCGGAAUUACACCGAUUAAAAUACCGUCGGCAUUAAUCAAGUUACCGUUCAAUUCUUAACGCUGGAAUCGCAUAUUACACAUUCUUCUCAUGAGUUCUUUAUGUUUCACGCACAAUUAAAAAUAAACAUGCCCCUACUAAUGCGACUACAAGUUUUGCAUAUUAUCUUUGUACACAUUCCAUACCGCAUUCUCAAAAUAGUUCGUGUGUUCAGAUUUAAGACAAAAUGACAGACCCGGCACCCCCUCCUCCUCCUCCUACUAAAGCUCCUACUAAAGGUUUGAGCGAGACUAAAGUUCCGGUGGUUCAAGUCCUGGCGUCCAACAUCAAGGAAGUGUGGCCUUCCCUCAUACAUUCUGUCAAAUACGCUUCCUUCAUUGCUAUCGAUCUGGAACUAAGCGGGUUGGGCGACAGAAAACUCCUCAUGAAAAAACACUACACCAGUACUAGUGCCCAGAGGAAUUUUCAAAGAUCAGUGGAUGAUCGGUAUACGGCAAUAGUUGAAGCAGCAAAGACUCGCUCUGUUCUAGCACUGGGCGUGUCAUGUUGGCGUGUAACGCGUGACGAACCAGAACCUGAAUACUACGUUCAGACUUAUAAUAUAUUGCUACUCAGCAGGGACAAUUACACUGUCGAACCAGACGCCCUACAGUUUUUAGUGGAACACGGAUUUGAUUUCAACAAGCAGUACAAAGAAGGAGUAUCUUACACGCCCUCUACAGAAGAUAUGAUCGUUUUCAAAGAAAAGAAAUCACCAGAGCCGAUACGGGAUCUGUUUGCUGCAAUACUGCAAGCGAAGUGCCCUGUUGUAACCCACAAUGGCUUAAUCGACCUGGCUUUUAUGUAUCAGUCAUUCUAUGCCCCUCUGCCGCCUACCAUGAGUAUAUUUGUUGCUGAUCUGCAGGACAUGUUCAAGUCAGGGAUCCUCGAUACGAAAUGUGUGGCUGAGUUUCUGAUCAGGGAAACUGCUACAUAUCUCGAAUAUUUAUUCAGAAAAAGUUCAAAGCGUAUGCGGGAUGCAGUCUCGUCUGGUAAGCCUCACAUCAACCUCUCCUUCUCCGAGCACCGGGCUAUAAACCAGUGGGUAAACUAUGUGGAGUGCUUUGCGUCUGAUGUCUCUUCUGGGAGGGACCUGUGUGAAACCUACGCUAACCACGGAUAUUGUAAGGAAGGUAAGAAGUGCCCUAAAUCCCACAACGUUGACGAAGCAAUUAUAUCCCACGACCACAAGAGCAAGAAGCACAAAACGGAAGGUAAAGUACCACCGAUAAAGAGUAAGCACAGUAACGGGGACGCGGUCGACACGGGAUGCCACAGAGCCGGGGUGGACGCUUUCAUGACUGGUUUUAUCGUCGCAAACUAUGCAGUGUACCUGAAAGCUCACCCGAAGAAAGCAAAAGGAGAAGAAGAAGAGAAGACGUCGAGCAAGAAGUCACACUACCAAUCACGUGACAACCACAUGUCAGUCACGCUGGAGGAGAACAGAGACAUUCCUCUCCCUCUAGUUUUAGAUCCUUGUCGGAGAGCUGUGAACUGUUUGACGCUCUCUGGUAAAAACAUUCCUCUAAAAGUUAUGAAGAGUGCGUUUGUGAAACCUUCCGCUGCCCACAUGAGGCAACAGCAUGAAAUAAUAAAGAAAAGUGCAAAAUGAUAUUUUCAUGGCCCAUGGAAUUUAAUGUGGCUUCUUUUCACGUGCUGAUGAUUAAUUUUUGGCGACUUGACUUUUUUAUAUCUUGACUGUAAAUCUUAAGUGAUUUGUUUGUUUGCAAAUGACACCCUUAACUGUAAUGGACAAUGGAUAACAGUAAAUGUGAUGUUAUUGAAUUGAAACAGUACAAGUUUUAUAAUCAUUGUUUAAGUUUAACUGGACACUUUGGUGGUAGUAAAGCUCAAUUCAGACUAAAAAACUACA